AUGACCAGAUACAGUGUCACCGUCAUCGACGCUUCGGUGGGCCACAUAGUCAAUCAGAUUCCUGCCGAGAAUGUCUACGAGAUAGAUUUUUCGCCCCUGGGCACAUAUGUCAUCACCUGGCAACGGCCAUCCAAGGACGAGAACGGCGAUGCAGUCCGGAAUCUUAAGGUGUGGAAGGUUGCCACCGACAGUGAAACCCAAGACCAACAAACCCCGAUCGGCAGCUUCGUUCAGAAGUCACAGACAGGCUGGAAUCUGCAGUAUGCCUCGGACGAACAAUACUGUGCCCGUGUCGUGACAAACGAGGUGCAGUUCUACGAGAGCGGGAACCUCGGAACCGUCUGGAAGAAAUUGAGGGUAGAGGGGGUCGCGGACUUUGCUCUUUCACCGGGCAAGGGCCACGCUGUCGCCACCUUUAUUCCGGAGAGAAAGGGCCAACCUGCCUCCGUCAGGAUAUUUGAUAUGCCCAACUUCAAUGCGCCUGUUUCGCAAAAGUCAUUCUACAAGGGUGACAAGGUGCAGCUGAAGUGGAACAAUACUGGAACCACUCUCAUCGUCCUCGCUCAGACCGAUGUCGAUAAGAGUGGUAAGAGUUACUAUGGAGAGACCACUCUGUAUCUCCUCAGUGUUAGUGGAACGUUUGAUUCUAGGAUCGACCUAGACAAGGAGGGUCCAAUCCAUGAUGUUACAUGGUCCCCUACCUCCAAAGAAUUUGGUGUCGUGUACGGCUAUAUGCCUGCAAAGACUACCAUCUUCAACACCCGUGCUGUAGCCACGCAUUCUUUCCAGCUUGGCCCACGAAAUACGAUCUUAUUCUCUCCACACGGCCGCUUUGUCCUUGUUGCUGGCUUUGGUAACCUGGCAGGCCAGAUGGACAUCUACGACGUGGAGAAGGACUACAAGAAGAUCGUCACCAUUGAGGCAUCGAAUGCCAGUGUCUGUGAAUGGAGUCCAGAUGGAAGACACAUUCUCACUGCUACCACCAGCCCACGUCUCCGUGUUGACAACGGUGUCCGCAUCUGGCACGUUACUGGAGCUCUGAUGUACAACGAGGAUAUGAAUGAGCUGUAUUCCGUGUCGUGGCGGCCACAGUCUCCCAACAGCCAUCCACUGACAUCAAAUCCUCUGAACCCAGUGCCAACCCCGCAUCCAUCUGCUACAGCAUAUCUAAGCACCAAGAAGGCCCCCACCAAGCCAGCAGGUGCGUAUCGUCCUCCAGGUGCCCGAGGACAGAGCACUCCACUGGCCUUCCGCCGUGAGGAUGAAGGCGGUGCUGCAUUUGUCCGUGAGGACUCGUCCUCGUUUGCGUCGAAUGGCGGGUCAGCUCCAAGUCCCUUUGGCAAGCCCCGUCGUCGUGCUGUACCUGGUGCCGAGCCUGUGGAAGAGUUCCUACCACCCGGAGCCGCUCCGGGAGGCGGAGUUGCUCUUCCCCCUGGGGCCGAGGCUAGUGCACCUGGACCCGAGAAGCUGUCCAAGUCUGCUGCAAAGAACAAAAAGAAGCGAGAGGCUAAGAAGGCCAAGGAGGCCAGCGCUGGUGGCCAAGGGGACGGUGGUGAGAAUUCCAUGGCUGCUGCUACCAACUCAGGUAGACGGGAUCGCAGUCGCUCCCGGCACCGACAGCAAGCCAGCGGCGGUGCCAAUGGUGCCAACGGCGCGAACCUGGACCCUAACUACCCCCGUGGAGGUCGUGACAGGAGCAGAAGCGCCCACCGCCGCCAGCGCAGCGAUGGCCGCAAUAGCACGCCAAACCGCAACGGUAAUGGCAACCAGCCUCAUGACCGCCGUUCACCGGCCGUCAACACCACUGGCCGCCAACAAGCCGCACCACCAGACCUGACUGUCACCUCUCCCGACGGUGGUAACACCGCCAAUGCCGUCCCCGAUGCAGCGGCCAUUGCCCGUGACAAGAAAAUGCGCAGUCUCUUGAAGAAGGUCCGCGCCAUCGACGAGCUAAAGAUGCGUGUUGCCAGCGGUGAGAAGCUGGAGGAGACUCAGAUGAAGAAGAUUCAUACUGAGGAUUCUGUUAGAAGCGAGCUGGAGGCUUUGGGCUGGACUGGCUGA